UUUGAGGUAAUUGAGAAGAUUGGUCCAGAUGUCAAGUGCCUUUGUACUGAUCCUGGACUUUUACUCCCUCGGGCUAAUCUGACAUUUUAUCGGGAUGGUAGCUUGGUUCGAGACGUAAUGCUAUGCUUCCAACAAUUUCAUCGAAGUGAUGUUUCUGUCAUUGCCAAAAUAGAGAGUAUUGACUCCCUGAAGAACUUGGAAGAAAUCAUUCAAGCCUCAGAUGGAGUUAUGGUGGCAAGAGGGGAUCUGGGUGCUCAGAUCCUUUGGAACAGUCCCUUUGCCCAGCAAAAGAUUGAUAAAGCUAUGCAGGGAACUAAACAAACCUGCCAUUGUGGCCUCUCAGCUGCUUGA